GGUAAGCCAUCCAGGAAAUUCUCUUCUGGACUUCAGUCCACACAUUAGCAGUUUUCCCAAAGUUGGGCGAGAGUCCUGCCUGCUGUACGUCUGUGUUGCGUCUCUGACAUGGAGGAAAUGCCGUCCUUCUGGGAUGUGGCCAUUGAGUUCUCUGCAGAAGAGAGGAAAUGCCUGGAGCCUGCUCAGUGGAAUUUGUACAGGGAUGUGAUGUUGGAGAAUUACAGCAACCUUGUGUUCCUUGGUCUUGCUGUGUCUAAGCCACACCUGGUGACACUUUUGGAGCAAAGACAAGACUCUUCUGAUGUGAAGAGACAAGCAGCAGCCAACGUGCAGCCAGGAACAACAUUCAAUGAUUAUAAUGAUUACAACAACGGUAUUGACUGUAACUCAUUAAGUAUUCAAAGCCAGAGAAUUCAUACAAGGGAGAAACCCUACCAGUGUAAAGAAUGUGGUAAGGGCCUUAGUUCUUAUAAAACACUUUCCAUACACCAGAGACUUCAUACUGGAGAAAAAUCCUAUACAUGUAAGGAAUGUCAUAAGGCCUUCAAUACUCGCUCAUCACUUUUUAUACACCAGAAAAAUCAUACUGAUGAAAAAACACACAAGUGUGAAGAAUGUGGCAAAUUAUUUUACUAUCCUUCAAUGCUGAAGCAACAUCAAAGAAUUCAUUCUGGAGAGAAACCACACAAGUGUGAAAAAUGUGGCAAAGCUUUUUAUGAUCCUUCAUUCCUGAAGCAACAUCAAAGAAUUCAUUCUGGAGAGAAACCAUAUAAGUGUCAAAAAUGUGGCAAAACUUUUUAUAAUUUUUCAUUACUGAAGCAACAUCAAAGAAUUCAUUCUGAAGAGAAACCCUACAAGUGUAAAGAAUGUGACAAAUCCUUUUACACUCCUUCAGUGCUGAAGCAACAUCAAAAAAUUCAUUCUGGAAAGAAACCUUACAAAUGUGAAGAAUGUGGAAAAUCCUUUUAUAAACCUUCAGUGCUGAAGCAACAUCAAAGAAUUCAUUCUGGAGAGAAACCAUGCAAGUGUGAAGAAUGUGGCAAAUCUUUUUUUACUCCUUCACUGCUGAAGCAACAUCAAAGAAUUCAUUCUAGAGAGAAUCCAUGCAAGUGUGAAGAGUGUGGCAGUUUAUUUUCUUCAUUUUCAUACCUUACUCAACAUCAAACAGUUCACUACAAAGACAAUCCCUACAAGUGUGAGGAGUGUGGCAUAAGGUUUUCCCAUUCUGCAAUCCUUCAGAAACAUAGUAAAAUUCAUCGAGAGAGACGAUACAAGUGUGAAGAAUGUCACAAAACCUUUCUUUAUCACUCAUCACUUAAGAACCACAAGGUAGUUCAUACUAGACAGAAACUAUACAAGUGUGAAGAGUGUGGCAAAUAUUUUUCCUCAGCUUCAUGUCUUAGACGACAUCAAAUAAUUCACUAUGAAGACAACCCUUACAAGUGUGAAGAGUGUGGCAGAUGUUUUUCCUCAGAUGCAUGUUUUAGAGCACAUCAAACUAUCCAUUCUGAAGACAAUCCUUAUACCUGUGUACAAUGUGACAAACGAUAUUCCUGUUCUAGGGAUCUUCAGGAACAUCAAACACUUCAUACUGGAGAGAAAUUGUACAAGUGUGAAGAAUGUGGCAAAGGCUUUCAUUAUCAAUCAGGCUUUAGGAGACACAAGGCAAUUCAUACUGGAGAGAAAGCUUACAAGUGUGAAGAAUGUCACAAAGCCUUUCGUUAUCUCUCAUCCCUUAAGAAUCACAUGGGAGUUCAUACUGGAGAGAAACCGUACAAGUGUGGAGAAUGUAACAAAACCUUUUGUUAUCUCUCAUACCUUACGAAACACAAGAGAGUUCAUAGUGAAGAGAAAUCCUAUAAGUGUGAAGAAUGUCACAAAGCCUUUCAUUAUCUCUCAUCCCUUAUGAAACAUAAGACAAUUCAUACUGGAGAGAAAUCCUACAAGUGUGAAGAAUGUCACAAAGCCUUUUUUUAUCUCUCAUCCCUUAUGAGACACAAGACAGUUCAUACUGAAGAGAAACCAUACAAGUGUGAAGAAUGUCACAAAGCCUUUUAUUAUAUCUCAUCCCUUAUGAGACACAAGACAGUUCAUACUGGAGAGAAUCCCUAAAACUGUGAAUAUGUGACAGAAGGUUCUCUUCACCUUCAUCCUUUAGACAAAAUAAAAAAGAAAAGGAAAUUCAUUCUGAAGACAAUCCCUAAAAUUGUGGGCAAUGUAUCAAAAACUUUGUUAAUCUUUAUGUGCUUACUCAACACAUGAUAUAGUUCAUAUGGAAGAAGUAUCCUACAAAUGUCUUAAAAUGUUUACCUUUUCAACCCUUGAAAUACAUCAAAUGAUUUAUUCUGACUCAAACUC